AAAUGAGGUGUUAUCACUGGAGAUUAUACCAGACACCAGACAUCAGACAUGAGAUCAGCUGCUUCCUCUCUUCUCCUGGGGCUGGUCCUGCUCUCAGCAGUGACUGCUGCAGUAUAUGAGAAUCUUGCUCUUAGAGGCCGUGCGACACAGUCAUCUAUAUAUCUAGACCAUUCCAAUGGAUAUUUGGGCCUGGGUAUGAAUGCAAUAGAUGGAAACACAGAUCCCAACUAUUACCAUGGGUCAUGCUUUCACUCUAAUAAUGAUGUUGGUCCCUGGUGGAGAGUGGACUUACUGGAUUCUUAUUACAUCUCCAAUAUAAUUAUCACCAACCGAGGAGACUGCUGUCCAGAACGGCUGAACGGAGCAAAAAUUGUUGUUGGAAACUCACUUGUAAAUAAUGGAAAGAACAAUCCAAGUUGCGGACAGAUUACCAAAUUAGCAGCUGGAGCGUCACAAAACUUUCAGUGUCAUGGGAUGGUGGGCCGCUAUGUGAUUGUCUAUCUUCCGGGAAAACAAAACCUCCACUUCUCUGAGAUACAAAUAAUGGGCUACUAAAGCUAAUCAUACUGGGUUCAAAAUUCAUUCCCUGAAAUAAAUCAAAGGCAUUAAAA